UGAACAGGCUCAGCGGAACUCCGCUUUAUAGACCAAAUCGGUCAAAAGUAAAGAAAGCAGAGCAAUCUUCAAAACUUAAAGGUUUUCACAUCAAUCUGAACGUUGAGUUGAUCCCUUGGAGCAUUCUGUAGGCUGUUGGAUGUAGCUUGAGGCUGUAGGCAAAGCUGCGUUAGUACCUUUGGCGUGAAAGAACGAAGGAGAAACCAUUUUCAGACUGGAAGGGGGCGGCAAUCCUUGAUGACACGCUUUCACGUUGAAGACGUGUCGUUGUUCUGCCUGAAGCCUAAACUUUGAGGGUGCAGUGAACAGAAGACGCAGCAAGAAACGACAAUUUCAUGUGGCGGCACUUCCAUCAGGUUGACCUGUCUGCAUUGUAUCAGCGUUGUUUGUGAGCCUCUUGCCAUGGAUUCAAAGGCAAACGUGAAAAAGCGCGCUGUGAUCGUAAUAGACGACAGCGAUGAAGAAGAAGCAGCAGUUUCCUCCAGACCGAACAAGAGGCCAUUGCGGGAUGGGGAUGUCUUCUCAUGGACAGAGAAGAAGCCAAAGUUGGAGAAGAAAGAGGGUAGCGCAUCUCUUGGUGCGGGAAAUGAAGACUGUGAGCUGCUCACGAGGCGGCCUGGGGAGGCGGCGAUCCCCAUGAAUCACAUUGACGAUGAUGACGCUGACAUUGUAAUGACAGGCGCUCGGGGCGAUGGGGCAGCGCUGAGGGAUCUUCCACACCCGCGAUCAUUGUGUGGAACCCACCCCUUUGUGAAGAAAAAGUCGGCGCAGAACGCAGCGUGCUGCAAGCAGUGCUUUUGCUACGUCUGCGACAAGCCCCAGUCUCAGUGUCUCCAAUGGGGCACGGGCAUCCGGGAGGACGACCACUGCAACGCCUACGACGCGUGGCACUGGCAACAGAAACGAACGGCUGCAAAGAACAAGGCCGGGCCUCAGCAGAACCGUCCAGCACAAAACAUGCCUCAGCAGAACCCUCCAGCGCAGAGAGCGUCUCAGCAGAACCCUCCAGCACAGAGCGCGUCUCAGCAGAACCCUCCAGAGCAGAACACCGCGCAUAAGGCAUUUAUGGACAGCCUUAAGCGGAAUGAUCCAGUUCGUCCAAGCGUCGCUCCUAGAAGGCCAGUGCCCGUGGUGCAACCAAGCAGUGCGGGGCCAAGCUCUGCGCAAGGGGGUCCCUCCGCAAGGCCCUGGACAGCAGAUCAACCCCCUUUGGAAGACCCGCACUCGGACAAAGAGUACAUUCCGCUUGGCACCGUCAGCAUCCCGGUCGCCGCAAGGGCUGAGUACGACCUUGUAAAUCUGCCCCCCACUCAUGCGCCAUUCGGUCUAGGCCUCUUCCAUAUGGACAUGCUGCCGGUCAAAGGGGCGACCUACAAGAAGCACAAGAUGGUGUACUUCCGCUUUGACACUGGCGAACAGGAUCUACCACGGAAUAAGAGGCCCAAGCAGAUGGAGUUUGACUGCCUCAUUGCAGAGAUCAGGGCCCGCAUGCGCACCUUCAAGGUGGGUGACCAGCCGGCCGUGCGUGUUGCGGUGUCAGUCCGUCCCAGCGGCAACAACCCUCGGCGCGGGACUGUCAAUAUCAAGCUAUUCCAGCUGCGCCGCCUCUUUGACGAAAGCUCCCGGAUCGCACAAGCCAAGGCGCUGGUCCACCUGUGCAAAGACGACCCGGUGCUCUGCGAACAGAUUGAGGAGCUGAGGCAGCUGGAAUCGAAUCCUGCUGUGACUAGGAUCAGGAGCUUCGAUGCGUUGCUGGAAAAGGUGCAGAGCACCAGCUACCCGGAAGAGCCGCAACCAGACGGGCUGGGCGUCACACUCCGGCCGUACCAGAGGCAGAGCCUGCGCUUCAUGCUAGACAAUGAGCGGCGGGAUGGCGGCUUCCACGGGCUGAUGUGGCGCCAGAUCCCGGGGGCCGGCACGGCAGAAGAGGACGUCUUCUACUGCCCCGCCCUGCAAAGGCUCAAGUUAGUCACCAAGGGGACGCUGCCCCCGCCGACCACCGGCGGCUUCUUGUGCGAGGAGAUGGGCCUCGGCAAGACCGUCGAGAUCCUGGCCCUCAUCCUCGCAAACCCGCACCCCAACCCCCCUCAGCUCACUCCUCAAGUAACAAUUCAACAGCCCACCCCCCCAAUACCAGCCGGGGGAGUGCCCUCCAAGGCCACCCUGGUUGUUUGCGCUGUCUCGCUGGUGGGGCAAUGGAUCUCAGAGGCGAAAGGCAAGCUCAGCGCCCCGAUCAACAUGUACAAAUACCACGGACAAGGCCGCUCGAGCGACCCGUUCUUCCUGGCCCGCCAGGACAUCGUUGUCACGACAUACGCAACUCUCGGCUCGGACUUCAACCAGUGCACGAAACGGAGGUGGGCGUUCCGGGAACCCGGAGAUAACAAGCCGCUAACCGAGGAGGAGCAUGGCAGGCUGUCGCCGCUGCACGCCGUCAAUUGGUGGCGGAUCGUACUGGACGAGAGCCACACCGUCAAGGAUCCGAAAGCGGUGCACUCCCGAGCCUGCGCCGAGUUGACUGCGGAACGCCGCUGGUGUUGCACCGGGACGCCCAUCAACACAAGCAUCUCGGACCUGUACGGACAGUUCACCUUCCUGAAGCUGAGCCCCUUUAACACGCUCGCGACGUUCCAGAAAGAGAUUGGGAUGCCGUUCGAGCAUGCAUCGCACGGCCACGGGAGCAGCGGGGCGGGGAGGGCGGUGCUGGUGGAUCUGCUCUCGAAGGUGAUGAUCCGGCACACCAAGUCCCAGAAGAUCAACGGCGAGGAGCUGCUCGUCCUCCCGCCCAAAACCCAGGUCGACAUGCCGGUGCACUUCUCCCCCGAGGAACGCGUCGUCUACGAGCGCGCCACAGCGUCCGCCCAGGAGCGCUUCUCUCACUUCCGCAAGAUGGGGCCCAUGUACAUCGGCAGACACAUGCUGCAGAUCAUGUCGCUGCUCCUCCCGCUGCGCAGGAUCUGCAGCGGCGGCCAAAUCUAUCUCCCCCAGGCUUCAGCGGAUGCUCCGGCGGAGGCUGGAGACACCGCUCCGGAGGCCGGCCCCCCGGGAGCUGCAGGCCUGCCCGACAUGCCCCCCGACUCUGAGUGCGGCAUAUGCCUCGACGUCAUGGAGCGGCCCGCCAGAACGCCCUGCAAGCACUGGUUCUGCCACGAGUGCCUGACGGGUGCCAUCGACUCGGGACCGUCUCAAGGCCAGUGCCCGAUAUGCCGCCAGAAAGUGACGGUCGAUGACGUCGUCGAAGGCGUGGCUCGGGGAACCACCACGGCGAUUGUGCCAUACGUCGAACCAGAAGCUGGCAAGGAUGAGGCUGGCCCAAGUGGCGCCGCCGCUCCUUUCGUGGCGGAGUCGAAGCUGAAGGCGCUGCUAGCAGACCUGGAGAAGACGAGGGAAGAGGAUCCAACGGCCAAGGCGCUGAUCUUCAGCCAGUUCAUGGGAACCAUCGACUGGCUCAAGCUGAAGCUGACGGAAGCUGGCGUCAAGUACCGCUACAUCAGUGGCGACAUGGCGCUCAACAAACGGGCCAAAGCCAUCGAGCAAUUUCAACAGGACCCUCCCACGACCGUCUUCUUGCUGUCCAUCCGGACCGGCGCGGUGGGCAUCACGCUGACGUCAGCGUCGGUCGUGUACCUCCUGGAGCCCGUCUUGAAUCCAGCGUUGGAAGACCAGGCGGUGGGCCGUGCUUGGCGGAUGGGACAGCAGAGGCCUGUGACCGUGAAGCGCAUGUUCAUCCAGGACUCCGUGGAAGAGAAGAUUCUCAAAGUGGUCAAGAGUCGCGUGGAGGGCGGAAACGCAAAUGAUGCACCUGACGACGUGGGACGUGCGGCAUACAGAAGCAAAGGGAAAGCUCAACGACCGGAGACCAUAGCGGGAUCUAUCCGCACGGAUAAGCAGAACUUGAGGAUGAGCGAGUUCGAGAUUCUCUUCAGUUGAAAGGAACAGAAUUGUGUUGGGAUCCGGUGUAGAGGAAAGACAAUCAGCUGCGCGUUAAGUACCUUCUUCAGUACAUAAUUUUCCAGAUCUUCUGAUGUUGAGACAUGAGUGCAAAGUUCUGAUGGAGUUUUAUUGUCUCCGUUAGAAAAUCAAGGCAAGGCCUUGCAUCAAGGCAAGGCCUUACAUGCUUUCUGCUUAUUAACAUCGAGGCAAACGUUGCACUGCACUGCAUCGCGGCAUCAUAACUCUUCAGACUUUUAGUAUCUCUGUAGCUGCAUGUUGGAGGUGUCCUUGUAGCCUACUAAGCUCGUACAACUGCGGUUAUGCCUUUUUAUCUGCUGGAGAAGGGCACGCUACCACUCGUGUCAUCAUUCUCAGAGCGGUUUAAACAAAAAGGUUGUUACGCAC